UUUAUAACCUUGAAAGAUUUAGUCAAAAUAGCCACAAGUGUAGGAAAGAGGUAACGCAAAACAUGGAUUCAAAUUCAAUACCAAAAAAACAAAGAAACAAAAAUAGUUAGUUACACAAAAAUAGUUAGUUACUAUUAAGCUUGUGAAAUAGUUAGUUACACCAUUUCUCACAAUCACACACAGAGAAAAAAAAAACUGCACAACAAUGGCACAAGCACAACGUGAAGAGAAGAUUCAUCAUGAGAAGAAUCAAGAAAAAGAUCAUGUUCAAGAGACAAGCAAUUCAAGCUUCAAAUUCAAUGUUCAAGCGCCUGAAUUCGUGCCGAGAUCGCAUUCUCAAAUGCCGAUUUCGGGUUAUUUCUAUCCUUGCUUUCAGAUUCUUGGUGGUUCUGGUGAAUCUGAUUGGUUCUACGUUGGUGAUCAAGAUCCUUCUGCAUGUUUGAUCCCUAAUGCUAAUGUUUCGCAACCCAAUUGUUCCAAGAAUGUGCUCAACCCUGACCUUCAACAGAAGAUUGUUAAACAGGUGGAGUAUCAGUUCAGUGACCUGAGCUUGCUAGCAAAUGAAUCUUUCCAGAAACAGAUGAAUAAGGAUCCUGAAGGUUAUGUUCCAAUUACUGUGAUUGCUUCCACAAAAAAGAUCAAGUCACUUGUUAACAACAUUCAUCUGCUUACACAAGCUAUUCGCCAUUCUUCAAAACUUGUUUUGAGUGCUGAUGGCAAGAAGGUUAAACGAAAACAUCCUUUCGCUGAAAAGGAGAAAGAGGAAUUAAUGUCUCGGACUGUUGUGGCAGAGAAUUUACCUGACGAUCAUUCCCAUCAAAAUCUUCAGAAAAUAUUUGGCGUAGUUGGGAGCAUCAAAACAAUCAGAAUAUGCCAUCCCCAAGAACCGAAUUCUUCUCGCCCGAAAGGUGAUUUCCUCAUCAGUAACAAGCUACAUGCACUUGUGGAGUAUGAAUCAUCGGAUGUUGCUGACAAAGCUGUUGAGAAAUUAAACGAUGAAAGGAACUGGAGGAAAGGGAUGCGAGUAAGGUUGCUGCUUAGAUGCUCGCCAAAAUCUGUUUUGAAGAAUAGAAAGUCAGAAUUCGAUGGCUAUCUUGAUGACGAUGAGAAUCUACAUUCUGAAACUGCUGAAGAUUCUUCUCAUCCAAACAACACUGAAUUAUGUGUUGAGAGUAAUGGUGAUGAAACUUCAGUCGGAUCAAAGAAAGGAUGGACUAGAGGUCGAGGAAAGGGAAGAGGACGCACUCAAAACCAUACCGGACGUGGCCUACUUGCCCCACCAUCUCCAUCAAGCAGUGUUGUCCUGGGUGAAGUGUCGACUAAACCCAAUGCAAAGGGCCCUAGAAUGCCAGAUGGAACAAGAGGUUUCGCCAUCGGACGAGGCAAACCGAUUAGUUCUCCCACUUCACCUCAGGAGUAAUGGGUAUUGUACCAGCCAAAAUUUUACCUAUGCUCUAUAGUGAAAUUUAGGAAGUUUUUGUUUUGUUUUUCUUAUUACCAGGGUAUUCAAAAGCAGCAAACUGAUAUUUGUUUAGAUUUUACCAAUUUAGUAAUAAUUCAAGGUGUAUAGUGUUGUAUGUUAUGGCUGAUCCUGAUGACAAUGACUGCAAUCCUAUAUGAUGCUGCCUUAGCAUGCAACUUAAUUAGAGGUAUGCCAUUUUUAUGUCA